AUGAAGCAGACCGAUACUUGGUGGACUUUGGAAAAUGCCAUCCUCAACUUUCAAAUGGGCCUUGAUGAAUUGCAGCGUCGCGAACUACAAAACAUCAAAACUGUUCCGGAUUCCGAUGCUGUCUUGAUAUUUACCGCGCACCUCGACUCUCGGAAUAGGAACAGGAAAGGAUCCAGUGUUGCUAGCAGAUUAUUCUCGGUCUUACAAUCUGCGCGGGACUUUUCCGACGUCGUCGAUAGCUUUGGCUCAGCUCGUUCAAACUUAUCAUUUCUUGUUUGGGGCAGUAUAAAGAUGACUAUCCUUCUUGCUUUCGAAUCUAUCACGUAUUACGAAGCGUUAUCCGAGAUUUUCAUGAAAAUUGGCAGACUUUGCCCGCAAGACCUGAGAUACUUUUUCGAAGGCUCCCAGAGUUUUGUUCUGCGAGGAAUUACGCCUCAGGUCAAUGAAAUCCAAAGAUGCAGCGUACUCUUUCGCCAAGAGUUGAUGACGGCCCUGACAGCCGUUGAGCAACCACAUGUGAAAGGCCCAGGGGAGGAGCCGUCAGAAGGACGGAGCUCAAAGGACCUUUUCAAAUGGGCGAGCGGUAAAGCUGAAGCGGCGCGAAAGCUCCAGGUCCAAGCUGAAGAGGCGCGGAUCGCCAAGCGCCGGCGCAAAGAAGAAACCCAGGAGCUACUCGAAUCACUCUCAGCGCACGACUUUUUAACACCACUGAAACAAAGUCGUCGAAAGCGUCAGAAUGGAACAGGCGAAUGGCUAUUUGAAACAUCCGAAUUUGUUGAUUGGAUUCAUGGGAAUGGUGCCCCUGUGUUUUGGUGUUCUGGGAAGAUUGGAUCGGGUAAAACCAUUCUCAGUGCGGGUGUGAUUGACAGGAUCUUGACAGAGAAGCGCGGCUCAGAUACCUUCAUGUCAUUCUUUUUCGUUCAAUUCGAUAUUCACCAGUCGUUACAGGCAGCGACAGUUCUAAAAUCGAUAAUCAGGCAGGCUCUCAGCCAGUCCGAUGUUUCUGAUCAGCAGAAGGCUUUAUUAGAGCAUAUCCAGAGUGAAUUAGAACCUGGGCCUGAGGAUCUCACCACGAUCCUCCUGACCAUUGUCGCAAGAUGCAAGAGGUUCUACAUAGUUAUCGAUGGGCUGGAUGAAUGUGAGAGUAUGGAUCGCGAUGAGGUCUUAAAGGCUCUCCGCUCACUUUUGGACGGAACUCAAAAAGUUUCAAUUUUCCUUGCUAGUCGUGAAAGUAUCUCCGAUCAGAUCAAGAGGACAUUCGCGCAUCAAUUCCAUCAUAUCUCUACAGCAGCACCAUCUGCGGAAUCAGAAAUUGCGACUUACGUCGAUGCCGCAAUCGAGGACAAGCUGCGUAGAGAGGAUUUGAAUGUUGGAGACCUCAAUCUGAUUAACGAGAUCAAGAUAGCAUUGACUAAUGGAGCGGAUGGCAUGUUUCUUUGGGUGGCAUUCCAAAUUGAAGAGUUGUGCUCACGGCACUGCGACGAUGAAAUCAGAAAGGCUAUCAGAGACCUCCCGAAAGACUUGACAGAGACAUUCAACCGCGCUCUUCGUCGAAUUGCUUCGAGUCAGCAUGCAGACAUUGCCCAACGAUGUUUCCGAUGGGUAGCUGCUGCACAAAGACCUUUGACUCGUGAUGAACUCAGAGAGGCAAUUUCUAUUGAAAUUGGUCAGCUUCACUCGAUAGAAGAGCGACUUACGAAUGGAAUUCAUCUGAUUUCCUCCUGGUGUGAGAAUCUUCUUGUUUGUGACGAAGAGAAGUAUAUUGUUCAGUUUGCGCAUCAUAGUGUCCAGGAGUUUCUCACAACAGAACAAUCAUGCCAUGAUCCACACCCCGAGCUGGAUACCUUCCAUUUCAAGCUCCAGGAUGCUGACCAUUUCAUUGGGGAAAUUUGUGUCAGCUACCUGAACUUUGAUGAUUUGAAAACGAGUCUAGCUCGGCCCCCACAGACGCAACGGCCACACCAUUCCAAACGCUCUCUUCCGCGUGUGCUUCCUUCUGACAUAGCCUGGAACACUUUAGGAAAUGUAUGGUCGUCAAAAGUCCCUAUGCACGCCCUUAGGAGAUUUAUGUCUGGGUCGGAAGUCCAGCACUCGAUGUUGGACGUCGUUGGGAAUCUAGCAAAUUUCAAUGAAGAUCUUACUCCGCCUACGGGAACAUCACAGCCUGAGCAUCCGUUCUUGGAAUAUGCUUCCAUGCACUGGCUCCACCAUACGAAAGAAUUUCAAAAGGGUGUUUCCAAAACUUGGAAUCUUUGGCAGAAAAUGGCCAGAUACGGACACAAUCUGGCCCAGUUCCCCUGGGCGCCAACUUCACUGGAGCAUCACUUCCAACAUCGACAAUCUAACGAUUAUGCUAGUGAUACUUAUAUCGAAGAUCUUUUAGACUCUCACCCCGAAGGAGAGGAGUACCACCCGCUGAGGUGGGCCUUCAAUAACCGCCACCGUGCCAUUCUGUGGCUCAUAUUCCAUGCCGACCCAAGUCUUCCCAUCAAUAUGUAUUAUAGGCUUACGGUGUCUUUGAUCGAACGAUCGAUAUGGGAACAAGAUGUUCAACUCCUCGACGUUAUUUUAUCUGGCUCUAACAAGCUACAACAUCUUUUGGAUCUGCCUGUGUAUGCAAGCAACAAUGCACUGCAGGCAGCUGCUAGCGCCGGCUACCUCGAAGUCACAGAAAUGCUCCUCGCCGCUGGAGUCAACGUGGAUGCAACUACACCAAUAAAUGGGGCCAAGACGGCACUGCGUUUAGCUGCGGAAGCAGGACACUUGGCAGUCACUGCGAGGCUCAUCGAGGCAGGAGCCGAUUUGAACCUGCAUCUUGGGUCUGGUUAUAAUGGUCUGACUGCGCUGCACCUCGCUGCUACAAAGGGACAUUUUUGGAUUGUUGAACUCCUCCUCACGGCGGGGGCAAAUGUACAUUCCUUAACUUUUGGUGAUGAGAUACUAACUGCCUUGCACCUGGCCGCGAAGUCUGGGCACUUAGAAAUCAUCACCAGACUUCUGAAAGCAGGGUUGGAUGUGAAUAACAAUGCUGUCGAGUUGCUCCUCGAUAUGGGGGCAAAUGUCAACAUCUAUCUUCCGCAGCAGGCAAAUGCCAACGUCCAUCUCCCGCUGCAUGAACAUAAAAAUGCAUUGCAUCUUGCUGCUGAGGCGGAUCAUUUUGAAAUUGUUCGACUUUUCCUCGAGAAAGGCUCAGAUCCGAAUGGCUAUAUUUCCCCUCUUGAUGAAGGACUAACUCCAAUGCAUCUGGCAGCCAGAAGAGGGCAUAGCGGAAUUGUUCAGCGGCUCCUCGAAGGCGGAGCACGGGUAGAUUCCCGGCUCAGUCCAGCUGAUGGAAAUCACACGGCACUCUAUAUAGCUGCCGAGGAAGGACAUAUAAGCACCAUGCUGGUGUUACUAGCGGCGGGGGCAGAUGUGGAUGCUCCUUCUACUGUAAAUGGAUAUCGGACUGCAUUGUUCACGGCUGCCCUAUAUGGGAAAUCGGCUGAAGUUGUCAGAUUCCUCAUUAAAGCGGGAGCAAAUGUGAACGCUACUCUGGGUUCUGAUGAGGGAGGGUGGACUAUCCUAGACCUUUGCUCUGAGCAAGGGGAGAUUUAUGAUAUGCUCGUCGCCGCCGGGGCGGUUGCUAGUAUUGAUGCUAGGGCAGCAGCGGUUUGGAGACAGGAUAAUAUUACUAGUAACGAAAAGUGGUAA